AGGUCAAAUUUUCUAUACUCCUCCUGCUAAAUUAGAUCAUCGUUUCUUCUUUUUGUUCCCUCUCCGUAGGCCUCCUUUCCUCCGUCAACUGACUAGUUUUCUGUCACUUUUAUUCAACGCCAUGGAUAUGAUUCCAAAACCAUUUUCAGAUGUUGUUGUUGUCAUUGCUGCUACUUGUCUAGAGAUUCCAUUUUCGUCACUGGUUAUUUCCUCAUCAGAGCCCCUGCGCCGAUCUAUGGCUUCCUUAACUAGUAAUUACGGAUACAUCUUCAAUAGUGAUGAUGAAAAUUGUCUUCGUCCUCUUCAAAUUAUGGAAAUUCUUCACCAUCCACAACUUGCCAAACAAAUUUUAAAGCGGAUUACAAAAAACGAAAUUGUUUUAGCUCCCUUUUUUAUUCGUUGCUUUAUUCCAACUAGAUUCACAGGUUCUGGUCAAUUCCCUUUCACUCAAGUUUCUGACCAUUAAGUUGUUGACAUUUAUCCUUUUCUGAAAAACCUUGGCUUCCUUCAUUCCCCUGGUACACCUACAACCCCUUUUUACCACAAAGAAAUUUCGUCGCAUGUGCUUACAAUCACAUUUAUCCUCUCCUCUACUCCCACCACCUUUUUCCCCAAAAAUUUCUUUCCCUUGGUCUCAGUUUUGGUAACUGCCCCUUUCUCAUUCUGGUAGAAACUGUUAUAGAACAAGCUCUGGAUAUAAUCAUAAGUAAUAUUAUAAUAGAUGAAUUAC